CUAUUUUAUCCUAUUAUUUCUUUCUGUUUUCCACUUAUUUGAAUAGGGAAGAUUGAUAUUCAAAUUCUUGUUUUCUACCAUCAUCCGAGGUUUCCAAACCAGCACUCUCUCAGGUAGGGGCGGCAGUUCGGUUUCUGGUUAGCGGCUAACCGGUCGGUUUGACCGAAAACCGUCGGCUAGCAGCUAACCGAAAACCGACACAAAUAAUGGACGGUCGGUGUUCGGAGAGGGAGAGCUUGGUUGCGGUUAGCCGAGUAACCGAAGGCGGUUAACCACGGUUAUCCGACUAACCGUAGCUAACCGACCGUGUUCCCAACAAUGUUCAUACGGCGGCGUUUAAACCAAAACAACGCCGUUUCUCAAACUAUCCAGCCAACCCCCAACCCUAACCUCCUUCAUCGAUCUCUCCCUCUCCCUCUCACCCCGCCGCCUCCACCCUCCAGAAUACCAAAUCCUUCAGCCCCUCUCCCUUUCCCCUGUUCGGCGGUUGUUCCCCAAUUCCCCCGCCGAGCGCCAUCUCCCUCGACCUCCAACAACCUCUCCACAAACCCGCGACCACCGACGAAAAGUUCGGCUCUGGAUUUUGGCAAACGGAAUUGAAUCGGCGACGAUUCAAUCGUGAGAAUACAACGAUGGCGAUGAUGCUCGAUGAACUCAGAAAUCCCCCUUCUCCGUCCCCAAUCUCCUCCCUAUCUCAAUUUCAUUUUCCACCCAAUUUUUGUAUCUUCUUUCUCGCCUCCUUCACUUCUCGCCGUUGACGCAAGCUUUGAUUCUCUCGGUUGAGAGCCAUAGGCGCUGGUGCCACUUCUUCUUCUUCAGUCGAUGUUAUUGGGUCGAUUACCCAGUUUUUAAUCCAAACCUGCCAUAAUUUCGGUCUCACGGCUAACCAAACCAAAAAUCGGUAACCGACCGAUCGGUGGUCGGCUAACCGUGCUCCCUUUCUCGGUCGGUGAUUGGCUAGCAGGAGGAGGUGGUCGGCUAACCGUUAACCGAAAAUUCGAUUUUCAGUUAAACUGAAACCGACCGACUGCCAGCCCUACUCUCAGUAUUCCAACUCUUUACAAUAUAAAAUCGCAGACGUUUAAUACUUGUGGGAAAAAAUAAUAUAUAUUUUUCGUUGGAACCCACCCCGAAUCCGAGGUUUCCAAAGUCUGUGAUCACUUUUAAAAUCUGCAAUUUUUGCACUUCACCACUGAAACAGGACACAAACGGACAGAAACAAUUUUAUUGAGGGUCGAUUUGCUAACUUUCCUCUGAAGAUCAGGGGCAAAUUGGGGAUAACGGGGGAGUAAAGAAAUGGAUAAACAAUGAAAAACUGGUAUUAGCAACAGCCCAUAGUAAACGGAAGACAAUGGCCCCUGGUUUUGCUUCCCCUGUGUCCAUGAAAACCAACUGUAUUUCUUCCUCUAUUCCUCUUCUCCUUCUACCUUCAACCCUAGAACUCUUCAACAAAUCCCUUACUUUCCUUUUACCCAACUUCACCCUUUUUGUCAAUUCACCUUCCCUCUUCCAUCGAUCCAUCUUCUCUUCUUAUCCAUGGCGAAACAGAGAGAGAUCCUCAUCAACAUCUGAUAAUGACUCCGUGACUUCUCAGCUUAGCUGUCUUUGUUUGUUUACGAGUUUCAUCCGCGCCCACAUCGAAAUUCUUUGAUCCAGCUGCCAAUUGUGUCUAAAGCGCCGGCCUUUCAGCUUGGCUCUCUUUCUUUUACAGAGUUUGGUUAGUAGGGGGGAAGUGAAUGGGUGCAGAGUCAAGAAUUAUUAUUGAUAAUAAAGCGAUAGGGGGAGAAGAAUUCGAUCAGCUGGCUAAGGGAAAGAAACCAAUCGCGAACCCGGCGCCAAACCCUCAUCCGGCUAGGAAUGCCAAUAAUAGCAAGGGGAAGAAGAGCCGGCGACGCCAACAACAGAAGCAGCCCUCCGCUGCGAUGGCGAGGCCCGUGCAGCGGUUGUUCGACACUUGCAAGGACGUGUUUAAAUCUGGAAGCGCUGGAAUUGUUCCCUCACCUGAUAAUGUCGAGAAGCUGAGAGCUGUUUUGGAUGAUAUCAAACCAGCUGAUCUUGGGCUUAACCCAGAUAUUGCUUGCCUCACUCUUGCAAACUUGGAUGGAGCUGCCCCCAAUGGGAAAAAACCAGCAAUAAGAUACCUCCAUCUCCAUGAAUGCAACAAGUUCUCGAUUGGGGUAUUCUGCUUGCCACCAUCAGGAGUCAUUCCACUUCAUAACCAUCCUGGAAUGACCGUGUUUAGCAAGCUCCUCUUCGGGACAAUGCAUAUCAAAUCAUAUGAUUGGGUACUCGAUGAAGAAGGUAAGCAGCAGCCAGAAAUGAAGCACCAGCAACCGAAAGUUCGUUUGGCGAAGGUGAAGACCAACUCGGACCUCACAGCACCAUGCAACACCUCCAUACUCUACCCUGAAGAUGGAGGUAACAUGCAUUGCUUCACCGCGGUAACAGCCUGUGCAGUGUUAGAUGUCCUUGGUCCUCCUUACAACGAUGACGAAGGCAGGCAUUGCCAGUACUACUUCGACUUCCCAUUGUCCCAAUUUUCUGUCGAUGGAGUAGUAGUGCCCGAUGAAGAGAAGGAAGGGUAUGGUUGGCUACAGGAGAGGGAGAGACCGGCAGACUUGGUUGUCCGUGGCGAAUUGUAUAGAGGGCCACCCUUUUUCAAGUAAGCUCAGAGUACUACCCAAUCAACAUAGAAGAGAGAGCAAUUUACAGGAUACUGGAUGAAAGAGCUAGUAGAGCGGAUUCUUUGACAGAUGGAUGAAUAGAAAGAAGAAAGACUAGCUUUAGUUUCACACAGAACAGAUCCUUUUGCUAGCUGUAGUCUUGCUGCUUUAUAUUCCUCCAUAGCCUUUUCCUCUUGUGGUCUUUUCUCUUUAUUAUCUAGUGGUGGAACAUGACGUUUGAGAGUUGAGACUUAAGACACCAGUCUUUGUUGUAACAUUUAGGGAUCUUCUGUACAUAGUUACACCUGAAAAUCAUUGGGUUCACAGUUGAAUGGGAUAAAAAGAAAAGGAAACACAAGUGCUUGAGACAGUUCCUUUCUACAGCAUAUCAGUAGUACACUACUGUUACUUGCCACUCUCUCUGUUCAUUCAAAAGGAGCAAUAUUCUUUCUAUCAAACCAGAAUGCAUGCAUCCCCAGGAACAGGAUAUAUAGGGCUGGAAUGGGAAAGGAUCUUCAUUGGUGAGUUGCUAUAUUAAGAAAUGAAUCUGUGGAAGGUUGCAGGCUGGGGGGGAAACAUCCUACGCAAGCUGAGGGUUGACGUGGCGAUGUAUGAUAAUGAUAUGAUGCUUGCUGGGGUGACAGGUUAUGUGUUGCUGCUGGUUUGGGAGGUGGCAGAAUUUUUUGGGGGGUGUUGGAAGAUGUGACGUUGUUGGGAGAAACAAGAUUACAAGAAAGAAAAGUCCCGAGAGGCCGAGGGGAUGUGUCUGAGCGUUUAUCGUGGCUGAUUUAUACUUGAACCGCAAUCGAUUGCGGUAGGCAUUUGGAAGCACAUACUUUUGCCUUUGUCACAUCACAUGUAAGGGAUCAAACUUAUCAUUAGGUGACAUAUAUAAGGGAUUUUGUCAUAGAACAAAACUGAAUAAAGCGAUUUAGCAAUUAGAAGACUUGUUCUCGCACAAUACAAUCUAGAGACAAAUAUUACCUAUCUAAAACAAGUUGUGAUAAAAUCAUGUACAACAUAACAAUUCGAAAUUCCAAUGCCUAACUAUAAAAGCAGAUGACAAUGCACACCAAUGACACGAUCCUCUGAUUUUUCAUUAGGCCAGAGCUUAAUGAGUUGCUGCAAAAUGUGAGGUGGGAGGAAUAAGUACAUAACUAAAGGAGGAUACGGGCCUACCCUAGGCCAGUGGAGCGGCCCAAUGUGGUAGAUCCGUGGAUGAAAGGAGAGGGUAGAUCGAUGCGACACAAUGGGAUGGAACGGUGACCGGUGAGGACUGACUGAGUCCUGGAGAGAGAUGGACGGCCGGUCAAGUGGGCAUAUGCAGCAUGAGGGUUCAACACUUCCAACUUGUGGAGUUUCGUGGGGGCCGCCGGCGGGAGAGCUUUUCAAAUUUUUAGGCCGUGUUAAACGAGCGUUUGACCGUCAAGCUCAGGGACAAUGACGUCGGCCGGUUCCAUGGCUGCCAUCAACUUCUUUUCUUUAAUAAUAAAAACUGAUUGAAUAA